CUUUUCUUUAACAGGACAAAAUGGAGUUUACUUCAAGUGAAGCGAUUGACGCUAUACAAUUCUGGGAUACAACUGUAGAAUUGAUUGUUUAUGUGGAGAAAGUUUUUCCAAUUAAAGAAACAAAAUCGAGCCAAUUACUAAAAUUUUAUGCUAAUAAUGCAAUGGGGAGAGAAAUUCAAUGUGUAAUAUGGGAUAAAGAGGACAUACAGCAAUUGCAGGAUUACAUAGUUGAAAGGAAGAUUUUACAUAUUGAUGGAGCGUGCGCUCGAGUUCCCAAUAAUGUCGAUUACAAUAAGGGUAAUGUUCUCUUUGAACUUCAAUUAUUUUCAACAACUAAGGUCAAAUGUCUUGGCAAUCACUUAAAUGAAGAAGGAGAUCCGAAUGACAUCAUUGAAGUUGAUAUACAAGACAUCAUUCAUCAUGAAAAGAAAAUAAUUAAUGGACAAAACAAAUUGGAAGUUAGAAUUGGUACAUUUAAAAAUGUAUUAACAAUAGCGAAGGGCGAACCGCUGCAAUUAAUUGGCCAAAUUCGCACAGAAGGACCUAGAAUUUACAUGCAGGUCAACACGGAGCAAGACAUAACACCUUUGCAAGGUGAUCCGCUUCCGCUAAGAGAUGUGUUGUUAGGAUUCAGGGAGUUGAAAAGAAUAUGUGAAAGGCAAAUUACAAGAGACGAUAUUGAAUAAGAGAUAGUAGUACACAUAACUUUUUUUAUAGUUACCAAAAGUUUAUUAUUAUUUUUCAUAGACAAAAAUUUCUUUUAUUUUAUGACAAUGUUUCAGAUGAUAUAUCACAUAUCUUUCAAAUUAUCACGUACAUAUCUUACGUGUCUGUCAUUAUUGAUGGUAUUUUUCUGAAGAAAAAAUAUAAUUACUCUGAUAUUAUACUACAUAAUAGUUCAAAUGAAUAUAUAUUCCAUUGAAGCGGGGAAUAUUUCAAAUUAUUACUAAUUUCUGUUUUCACUCUUCAUAAAGAACACAUAUCUUCAAUUGUUAAAUAUGUAUGAAAUCAUUUAUUUUCUUUAUAAUAAUUACGACAAGUAUUGUAAAUUUCAUUUAUUUUCGU